GUUAGUUUGCGAUAAUAUUUAUAGUGGGAGGCUGUAUUGUUUUGAAAUGUGAUUGUAAUAAUUUAAAGCACUUUGAUCAUUAUUUCAAGAUAUAUUAUUAUAAUAUUGAAGUGAAAUUCUAUAAACAUGAUCGGAAGUGACUACACAUUGGAGUUGUGUAAUGUUUUCCACUCGGGACAAGUAGAGCCAGGUAGCUUCUUUCAACGCUUGACAGGCGGUGUGAAGACCGGCGUCAUCCUUAAAGAUGUUUCAUUCAUUACUCACAGUGGAGAAGUUACAGCUAUUCUUGGUUCCAAAGGUAGCGGUAAACGCGCUCUUCUGGACGUCAUAAGCCGCCGAGUACCCUCCAAGGGACACAUACUCCUUGAAGGAGUGCCAUUGGAAGAGGAACAAUUCAGAAGCACUUGUGCCUUGGUCCGACAUUCCACUAAACUCCUUCCUGGCCUCAGUGUUCAACAGACCCUGGCAUUGUCGCUAACUAAGAUUUCUGGAUACUUAAAAUCAUCAAAAGUCAAACAAGUGAUGGCGGAUUUAGCUCUGUCUCAGGUUGCCAACAAAUGUGUAACAAGUUUAACGAAGAGCGAAUAUCGUCGGUUAGUAAUUGGAGUUCAACUCAUUCGAGACCCAUUAAUUCUACUUCUCGACGAGCCGACCUGGGAUUUGGAUCCUUUAAACACAUAUUUGGUUAUAUCUAUUCUGUCAAAUACAGCCAAGAAAUACGGUACUACUAUUAUACUCACCAUGGAAAAACCUAGAUCAGAUGUUUUCCCUUUCUUAGAUAGAGUGGUGUAUUUGUGUCUCGGAGACGUGGUUUACGCGGGACCGACAAGAAACUUACUGGACUACUUUGGUAGCAUCGGAUUUCCUUGCCCACAGCUGGAGAACCCACUAAUGUAUUAUUUAUGCCUAUCAACAGUAGACAGGCGUUCACGAGAACGCUUCAUAGAGUCUAAUCAUCAGAUAGCAGCUCUGGUGGAGAAGUUUAAGGUGGAAGGUCAAGCGAUGAUGCAGGGCAACCUUACUGAACACAGUCGGAUUAUUAACCCUAACAAAGUUCAGAUGAACUACGGCAAGCCAGGUGGUGUGAGAGUGAUAUGGAUGUUGUAUUUGAGAAUGCUCGCAUCAAUUUUCAGUUUGAAGAAACACGGCUUGAAACAAAUGUUUAUGAGAUUAUUGAGCUUACCCAUAUAUUUUCUAAUUUUAUGGAUUUUUUACAACGAAUCUAAGGACUUUCAGCGAGCUUUUAUUACGAAAAGUGGGCUUAUCUUCAACGCCAUGGUUGGAACGUACUUUAUUAGUAUUAUGAACACUAUCUGCUUAUACGGUCCGUACAGAACACGCUAUUACCAGGAAUCCCAGGAAGGUUUGUACAGCGGUGCCAGUCUCCUCCUCGCUUGGAAUAUCGUCUCGCUGCCCUUUUCAUUUGUCACAACUUUCGCCUCCGCUGCUAUUGUAUAUCCAAUCCUAGGUGACAUAUCUGAAAAUCUUGACUAUAUAUACUUCGCGCUGGUGCUCUGGUCGAGCUACAUCUUUGCGGAGCAGCAAGCCAUCGCCGUUAUGAUGUUCGUUAAAAAUGGGCUCAUUGCUGGCAUUGUCAACAUCUACAUCUCCUGCAUAUACAUCAUGUUGGCGAGUGGAGUUUUAAGGUCAUACAAAGGCUACGAAGAGUGGUUGUACUACCUGACCUACCUAACUCACACAAGAUAUGCAUCGAUUUUCCUACACAGAAAUAUCUUCAAGCAACCGAUAUUCAGUACUCUUCCUUACAGUGCUGAAGAAAACUGUACUGCAAUCACUAAUCUCAUCCAAACUUCUUCCAACUUAAACAGUAAUUCGAAUGCCAACUGUAGAUACCCAAAUGGGAAGGCAUUUUUAACAGAGAGAUUUACUGCAAAGAAUUUCGGUGGCGAUAUUUAUCAGACUGGUGAUUUCAACUUGGAUUUUAAUUUAGGAAUUUCCUUUGCAUUUUCUCUGGGCGUAAUCAUUUUUAAUAAAUUCUUGUAUCUAAUGCCCUUGCCUGGAUACAUUGUUGAUAAAUUUAGAGAAUAGUUUUUUAUGUUACUCAGUGUAUUUUGUAAGUUAAAUUAAAAUCUUAUGAUGUUUAACUAUUCUGCAUGCGAGAAUAUAAAUGAAAUAUAAGUAUUAUCA